AUAUCCAUAAUGAAUAAUGACUGCAUGCAUGUACCUUACCCGAGAUACUGAUGAAAAUCAUGAUUCAGAAGGAGGUGGGAGGGUCUCAAGCUGUCUGAAUAAACCAUCUCCUCUACUCUUGACCUGAGUGCCAAAGCACAACAGCAAACACAAGGUGCAGAUUAUCCUUCUGUGUGGUGAGACAGGAAGAGCAUCAGCACAGGCACUUAAGGGACAAUCAGAGUUCUAUUUGAGGAGUUGAUGAUCUCACCCUAGUGCCCGAGUUGUGAUGUGGGGGUGCACCAUGGCAAUACAAGGUUCAAUGGUGAGCCUGGCUUUACUGUUCUUUGGGAUUCAAGCUGUCCCUAACCCCACCAACAAACUAGUAAGGACCACAAGGGUGAGGCGACAGGUUGCCGAAGGUGGGGGUCCUUCUAACAACCAGACCCAGGCCAUGAUCUUCAAUCAUGUAUACAACAUCAAUGUACCUCUAGAGUCACUCUGUUCAGUGGAGCUAGACAUGAUACCAGGGCCAGGGACAAACAAAGGUACAGCUGGGAGUGACAAGAUGCCGACAGAGUACACAGAAGAGACAGUGGACUCGGACAGCCAGGUGACUUUCACCCAUCGCAUCAAUAUCCCAAAGCAGGCCUGUGCUUAUCCUGCGGCUGUCGCCAUGGAACAGCUGGCUAACCGUAUAGAGAUGCUGGAGAGGGAGGUAUCCUUGCUUCGAGCACAGUGUAGCUCCAGCUGCUGUGGAGAGAGCUCUGUUAUGGGUCAGUUCGACUUCGUCCCUCAGUGUGGCCAUGGCACGUUCAGCAUGGAGGUUUGUGGGUGUUGGAAGAAGGAUGGUUUGGCAAAGAACUGCUCUGAAGCCCGCUGCCCAGAUGAUGCUCUGGCCAGGGGCAUUUGCAUCGAAGGGGGUUAUGCAUUGAUGGGCGAGUGUGUUUGCGAGGAAGCUAUUGCUGGGGAGGACUGCUCGCUGGGCAGGUGUCUGAACGACUGCUCAGAUCAAGGAACCUGUGUGAACGGAACCUGCCAGUGCCGACCCGGCUUCCUGGGGAAGACUGCUCUCUCAUCUUCUGUGCUAAUAACUGCAGCCAGAAAGGGGUGUCCCUUCUUGUUGCCAGAAAAUGUGUAG